AUGCCUCAAGAAUGGAAUGAGGACCACCUAAUAAAACUUUUAAAGAAAGGCAACCUUAAAGUAUGCAAAAAAUACAGAGGAAUUGCAAUACUAUCAGUGGCAGCAAAGGUACUGCAUAGAGUUCUCCUUAUACGACUUCAUAAGGCUAUAGACGAAAAACUUCGUGAACAGCAAGGAGGAUUUAGGAAAGACCGAUCAUGCAUAGACCAGAUAGUCACACUACGCGUAAUAAUUGAACAGUCUUUAGAGUGGAACACCUCGUUACUGAUUGACUUCGUUGACUUCGAAAAGGCAUUCGACAGCUUGGACAGAAAAAUCCUUUGA